UCUGUCUUUUUGAGACGUCCACCAGCCUUAUGCCUUUAAACACAAAUGAUAUCGAUCCCUCCUCCCCCUUCUGCCAAUCCCGGUUUGUCCCUAUGAUCCCUACGGUUCUAUACGAUUCUUUUCGCUCGGCAUAAACAAUUAAGGCGAGAAAGUAGCGGCCGCUCCUCCAAACUUCGCGCAGCCGGGACAGGAGCCGCGGGGCACGCAGAACUUCUGCGGGUCGGAAGCACGGACGGGGGGAGGGGAGGGGUGGGCUGAGCGGGAGAGAGAGCUCCGGCCCUGGAGCUAUCGCCCCCCCGGAGGCAGCCCCGGGGCGGGAGGGGACGACCCCGGGGCUGCGGGGCUCUGCGGGGCGCUGCGGGAGGGGGGAGCGGAGCCCCGGCAGAGCACGGUGCGAGUGCUCCGAGUGGAAGUGCGGGCAGGGGGUGGGCAGGUGCGGGCACAGCCCGGCUGGCGCCUGCGUCCGAGCCCACCUCCGCCGACGGGAGGGAAACAAAGGCGGCGGGCGAGGCAGAGUUGCCCGUAAGUUGCGCGCCUCGCAGCCCUGACUCGCGGAGAUAAAUGGCAGAGAUGGGGGCGCGCACUUAAUCAGAGCUCCGGCUGCCUUCCGGCGGGUGCACCCCGCGGAUCAUUAGGUUAAAUGGAGGACAUUCGUGUCCUUCUCGAAUCAAUGCAAUUAUUGUCGGCGACGAGGACAACGAUUGGAGUGGCAGCGCUAAUUUUACCAACCCGCUAUUAAUUAUGGUGUCCCCCACGCCUCAGCCGGCGUUUAUAAUGCGAGGAGGCGAGAUGCUCCGGCUGCCGCUGUUUUAAAAGGAAAAGUUGGGAGCCGAGCGCGUGGAAAGUGUUAAUCGGCAGCGGAGCAGCGGAGCCGCUCUGGGACGUCACUAGGACAGGGGUGAGGGACGUGGCGACGGCGCCGGGGGAGCGGAGGCACUGAGAGCUGCCGUCAGGUGCCUCACGCUGAGAAAUGCGCUCGGCGGCUCCGCGCAGCGAUCCGCGCAGAGAGCGGGAGGAGUGGAGCGCUGCCAUGGCACUGCGAGGUGCUAGCCGAAGCCGGGCGUGAUCGCAGCAUCUAGGGAGCUGCGGUUCCCAAUCAGUCGGUACAAUAGAGCAGAGCACGGCUGCCCUAGCGUGCAGAUCAGACGUCUCGCCUUGUUUCUAGAUCACCGGGAGCCUCUGGACCAUGUCCUACCCGCAGUUCGGCUACCCCUAUUCCUCCGCGCCCCAGUUCCUGAUGAGCACCAACUCCCUGACGCCCUGCUGCGAGUCCGGCGGCCGCACGCUGCCCGAGUCGGGCCCGGCCGCUCCAGCACAGACUCCGGUCUAUUGUCCCGUCUACGAGAGCCGCCUGCUCGCCACCGCCCGCCACGAGCUCAACUCCGCCGCCGCUCUGGGGGUCUACGGCGGCCCCUACGGCGGCCCCCAGGGCUACGGGAACUACGUGACCUACGGCACCGAGGCGCCCGCCUUCUACUCGCUGAACACUUUGGAGGCGAAGGACGGCGGAGGCUCUGCGCAUGCUGGUAUCUCCCCUGCGGCUGCUUACUACCCCUACGAGCACAGCCUCAGCCAGUACCAGUACGACAGGUACGGGGCGAUGGACGGCGGCACGAGGCGGAAGAAUGCCACCCGGGAGACCACGAGCACGCUGAAGGCCUGGCUGCAGGAGCACCGCAAGAACCCCUACCCCACCAAGGGCGAGAAGAUCAUGCUGGCCAUCAUCACCAAGAUGACCCUCACCCAGGUCUCCACCUGGUUCGCCAACGCGCGGCGGCGGCUCAAGAAGGAGAACAAGAUGACCUGGCCGCCUCGGAACAAGUGCUCAGACGAGAAGCGGCCCUACGAAGAGGAGGAGGAGGAGGAGGAGGAAUGCUCGCAGGAAGACGCCAUGAAGAGCGAGAAGGCCGAGGAGCCCACGGGCAAGGAGGAGAAGGAGCUAGAGCUCAGCGACCUGGAGGAUUUGGACGCCGCCGAGUCGGAGAGCUCCGAGUGCGAGAUGAGGCGGCCCUUCCCGCACCCGCAUCCUCACCCGCUGCCGGGCGGCGGCCCCCCGCCCCGCUCCACCGAGCCCCCCGCCGCCGCCGCCGAGGACGAGGAGGAGGAGGCGGUGGAGCUCCGGGCCCGCGGCUGCCUGAAGCCGGCGGCGGAGGAGUGCGAGGCGACCCUGCUCGGAGCUCGGCCGCGCGGCUGCGAGGCCAAGCUGUGCUUCCCGCAGGGCCAGCCGCUGCUGGAGGCCAAGCCCCGCAUCUGGUCCCUGGCUCACACCGCCACCUCCCUCAACCAGGCCGAGUACCCCUCCUGCAUGCUGAAGCGGCCGGGGGGAUCGGCCGCCGCCGCCGUCUCCGCCCCGGUUAACGUCAUGGACCGGCAUCAGGAUUCGCCGGUCACUAACCUCAGGAACUGGGUGGACGGGGUGUUUCACGACCCGCUGUUCAGGCACAGUACUUUGAACCAAGCCUUGAGCAACACCACGGUGUCCUGGGCCACCACCAAAGGAGCCAUUCUGGAAACGGGCGCCUUGGGACGCUCGGUGGGCAAUGGUGCCAACGUGCUUAAGGGGCAGCUGGCCAACCUGGCCCACCAGGACUCGAGCAAAGAGUUUCUCGCCUUUCCCAAAGCAGGGAGCAAAAUGUUUUGCUCCUAACGGCCCCCCGAGGGGCAAAGAACUUCCCCGCGCUGGAAGAGUCGUGUACACUGAAAAGAAACUCGCGAGAGUUGAAAUAUAAAACUUUUUCCUUUAUUAUUAUAUUUUUUUUUUCUAACAACCGAAACGAGGAUUUAACGUUCAGUUCGCUCAGCUCAACAGACAGACACUGCUGUUCUGAAGAAUUACUUUCUCCUGGCUGCGACUUUAAAGGGAUCAGUGUCGUGAGAGUUAUUUAAUUCCAUGUCCCAAAGCACGUACUAUAGCGUAGACCUACUUAACAAAGUUUACAUCCGAAAGUUUACAGACGAGAAAUUUUAAUUCAGUUUUAAUUUAAGGCAUGCAGACAUUAGUUAUAAAGACUUUUCGAGAGUUUUUCCUCCUGAUUUCCUUGUUAGCAUAUAAUUCACAAACAGCACUUCCACUAAGUUUACACCUACUGCACAAAUUUAUCUUGACAAAAAAAAAAAAAUAUGUUAAAGGGUAUGUUCACUCCAAUAAAUUGUCUGUUUCAGAGG